UUGUUCAAAAUUCCAGUCCACUUCUCAGAAAGAUUGUAUUUAUUUGUUUUAUCGCUUGACUCAAAAAACUGCAAUGGUAAAGUAGAAGUAUAUCAUGCCCUUAAGCGGUCAGGUAGUUUAAAGAGGGCGAUAACGGAAGUCAAGCAGGACUUAUAUGCAGUAUGUGUAUGUACAAACUGACGCUGUAUAUUAGUACAUACAAAUGUAUAUCAAAAAUGGAUAGGUAACUGUAAAAUAAAAUAUUAAUAACAGCAUAAUUUCGUUUCUGAAAGUAAUGGAAUUUAUUAGUACAAAACGAAGUAGAAAACGCAAACGUAAACGUCGUUUUAUAAGUAAUAAACUGGAACGUCGAGAUCAAAUCAAAAUUGAGGUUAGGUCAAGAAAACGACAAACGAUUGCUACAGCACUUAAUUUCUCAAUAAAAAAAGAAAAAUUUGUUGAUAAUAUGGAAGCAAGUGCUUUUUGGGAAAAUUACAAAGCAGCCCAUGAGUGGCAAAAAAGGCACAAUGUUACUUGGUGGAAAACUCGAUGCUUUGCUUUAGAACAUGAAAACCAUGUACUGAAAGAGACUAUAAGAAAUUUGACAAAUAAUCAGAAUUAUAGCCAUAAUUUAGUUGGAUCUAGCCAAAUUCAUCAACAGGAUGAAGCAGCAAAUGAAGAGCUCAACGAUGGAAAUGAAAAUAAUGCAGACGAUAAUCUUGAAUUCCAAUUAAAUGAAGACAUGAUGAACUUCUUGGCCCAAAGUAUUAGACAUAAAAUAGAACUUAAAAAUAAAAAGGAAUCAGAAGAAGCUGCUGAACAAAGUGAAAAAAGUGAUGAAGAGCCUAUAAAGCAUGGACUUGCAUGGAUUCGCAAAAGAAACGAUUGUGCUAAAUUAUUAUAUGGUGAAGCCAGUGCAAGAGUUUUGGCAAUGGAAACAGCCCUUCAAACCACAAUUGAAAGGCACAUAGACAAAGCUAAGCCACAGUACUGGCCAAAUAUACCCUUAAAAUUAUGAAAUUUAUAUUUAUCUUUUCCUUCAAUAAUUAAAUAUAUUAUCAUGCAUAGGUAUAUAUUUUUUUAAAUAAAAGCAUAAAAUAUUCAGUUUAGAUUAUCUUAGUUUUGCUUUGAAAUAAACAUAUUUUUCCUAAAUACAAAA